UUUCCUUAGCAAUGUUUAAAAAUGGCGGCCGCAAUGCCAUGGGUGAAAUUUGCGGAUCCGGAGGAAUCUGACUCAUUUGCAGCUAACUGCUUUCCUGUUAGAGGAAUCCUCCAGCCUGCAGAUGAUGGAGGAGGAGCAUGGCUUGUUUCUCAGAGGGCAGAACAGCGACGCCGCUUCAAGGCAGUCCUCUGUGCCAAGCCGAGGACAUAUUCCCGAAUCAAGGAGGAGCGUAAGAAGGCGGAGAGGGAGGGCACACAGAUAACAAUGGCUGUACAGAGUCUGGCCGAGGAUGAAGAGGAGGAGGACGAGUCGCCUAUACUGGACGGCUUCUUUCUGAUGAAGCACUGCUGCGUUGAGGAUCCAUCAGACUUAUGCUCUGUCAACAUAUCAGGUCAAGAAAUGUCAGAGGUCAAAGAAGAUGACCUUGCCCUGUUUGAUAAUGUAGCCUAUGUAAAUGCUGCUGAGAACUAUCUUCCAUUUGAGGCAUUCAGGGGUUUUCCAAUAUUAAGGGAACUAGAAAUGCCCAUCAACGGACUGAGAGGGAUCAAGCUGCAGAAUGGGGACUACCCUUAUUUGGAGAUGGUAGAUUUGUCCUAUAACAACCUAUCUCAUGAGGACCUGUUAAGUUUGGGAACUUUACCAAACCUGAAGAUUCUACACCUGACAGGCAAUAACUUCCGUACUAUUCCUGCUGAUUUUGCUCUCCCCUAUGUUGACAGAGAAAAUAAAACCAGAAUAUUUCGUUACUCUAAACUGGAAAUUCUGAUGCUUGAUGACAAUCGUCUUUCUGAUGUCUCAGUAUUUGCUGCUUUAGCAGGACUUAAAAGACUAAAGCACCUGAAUCUAGAAAAGAAUGAUAUAUAUUAUGUACCACAACUUAAGUCAGUAGAGGGAACCAUGAUUAUAAACGAUGAUGAGAAAUCAACAAGACGACUCCGACGAUCUGCCAGAUUAUCUGCUAGAGGGUCAGCUAGAGGUCAAAGAUCAGAAAAACAAGAUCCACCUCUUGAAAAGACAGAAAAGCAGGAUCCUUCCCCUGAAAAAAUAGAAACACAACCACCCAUAAAUCCAGAACAAGAAAUGAAAAAGGAGGAGAUUCCUCCAGAACCAAAACCCUCAGAGAGCACUGAUUUAUUUGCCAGCUUUCAAGAUGUCAGUGCUGAAUUUGGUGACCUUUCAGAAGCCAUAAAAGACAUUGACCUUCAGGAAAAUGAACCUUUGUUAGAGGAACCAACUCAGCCUUCACCAGAAAAAUCCAGAUCCAACCACAACAAAACUAAAAACAUCUCAAAGGAACCUCCCCAACUCCUGGCCGCAAAUCUGCCACCCUUCCCAGAGCUGGCCUAUCUCAAUCUGGCCCACAACCAGAUAGCUGAAGAGGAGGCCCUUCUAGCUGUGGCAGCCUGGCCCAUGCUGGUGGAACUUGUGAUCCAUAAUAACCCUCUGACCUCAGAUCAUAGUGGGGAUCCCCCACUGCUGAAACGUUUCCUUACUGCCAGACUUGGUAUUAAACUGGUUCGAAAAGCUCCACAACCUAAGUCAAAGCCUCAAGUGGUUGUUCCUCCAAAGAGAAAACGAAAGGUCUCCUCUAUUGUUCCUAAAAUUCCCAAAUUGACUUUAGAGGAGCGUCUCAUGCUUGAACCACCACCUCCAAAAGAGAAAGUUAGUCAAACCAUAGAUGGCCUAGACCUUCAUCAAGCACCAUUGCCCCCAAUAGCAGCUAAGACAGAAGAGCCAGCGGAAAUACCACCCUCACCUCAGUAUAACAAACUCUUUGACUCAGAUGCUUCAGUAAAAUCUGAGUCUCCUGAAAUCUCUUUUGUUGUGCCUGCUCCACCUGAGUCUGGAAGGAUGCAUUCAGCACCUAAAGAGGCUCGAGUUCCCUCCUCUGCAGUGUACAGCAGAAUGCAGUCUCCUCCAAAAGAGUCCUCAGCUAUCCCUCCCUCUGCUAGCUACAGUAGAAUGCAGUCCCCUCCAGAGGAGUCCUCAACCAUCCCUCCCUCUGCUAACUAUAGUAGAAUGCAGUCCCCUCCUGAGGGUACCUCUGUUAUCCCUCCAUCACCUGAGUACAGUCGAUAUCAGUCCCCUCCUAAGGAGGAAUCGGCCAUCCCCCCAUCUCCACAGUACCAGCGUGCCCACUCAGAGGAAGAGGCAGCUGGAGCAGACCAAAAGAAGGAUGACAAAGCUGCAUUCUUCAUGACACAGGUUGAUGAGCCAGAAGAAGAGAGUAAACCAGUGCCAACCAGACCAAAGAGGAGAGAAAAACCGGAAAAACGACCCAAAAGGAGGGACAUACCAGAUAAAUAUAAGGGAUACGAAAUCCUCCUUGAUGCUGAGGAUGACCCAGAUUUUGUUACUCCAAAAGAUAUGCAGGGUAAUAUCAAAGCUUUGAAGUAUGCACUGAACCAUGAACUAGUGUACCGUGACUCUGCAGCUCUCCUUCAUAAAGUGGGCAAACCAGUUCCUCCGUAUCAAAAGUGGCAAAUGCCUCCUCAACCACCUCGUAAGACAAGGCAACAGAAAAUUGACGAGGUGCUAGAAAAUCUUAAGAAUCGUUCUACCACUGAAGAAGCAAACCUGGCAACUGUCCUCAAAGAUCCGAAGAAGCAGAAGAAAUUCAACCAGGCACCAGUACUUCUCAGCGAGAUCCAGUCUCGCUACAAUGCUGUACGAGUGAAUUCAAUGAAGGAAGCCAAGGAGGUCAAGAAAGCCAUGCAGGAGUUACAGAACCUGGCCAACAACAGACCUGUGUCAAUCAAAUGAUGGCCCUAUUGUUAGAUUUUCGUAGAUAUCAAGAUUU